AUAUGGCCGACUCCUGAGUGUGUGUUAUUGUGUGUUAUAGGUUAACUAUGAGUAAACGGUAAAAACAGUUAGUAUUCGCUUGAUUUAUAAACAAAUUCUUGUAAUACAGUCAAAGAAAAAGUGUACAGUGCAUAAGAAGACAACGUCGAACGACGAAAGAUGGGUGUACCAGCAUUUUUUCGGUGGUUGAGUAGGAAGUAUCCUUCCGUAAUCGUUGAAUGCAUCGAACAGAAGCCGGUGACUACGAAUGGUGUGCGUGUUCCUGUGAAUUCGUCAGACCCAAAUCCAAAUGGAGUAGAAUUCGAUAACUUAUAUCUUGAUAUGAAUGGUAUUAUCCAUCCAUGCACUCAUCCAGAAGACAAACCAGCACCGAAAGAUGAAGACGAAAUGAUGGAAGCUAUUUUUGAAUGCAUCGAUCGUCUAUUUCGUAUCGUGAGGCCUAGGAAAUUGCUUUAUAUGGCCAUUGAUGGAGUUGCGCCUAGAGCCAAAAUGAAUCAACAGAGAUCAAGAAGGUUUAGGGCAUCGAAGGAAACAAGUGAAAAAAUUAAUGAAAUAAAUAGAAUACGUUCAGAACUGUCUCUUAAAGGGGCUUCUUUACCACCAGAGAAACCUAAAGAGGACCAUUUUGAUAGUAAUUGCAUUACACCGGGCACACCGUUUAUGGCAAGGCUAUCGAAAUGUCUGCAUUAUUAUGUACACGAUCGUUUAAACAAUGAUCCAGGUUGGAGAAACAUAAAAGUAAUUUUAAGCGAUGCGAACGUACCAGGCGAAGGAGAACAUAAAAUAAUGGAUUUUAUACGUAGACAAAGAGCCCAACCCGAUCACGAGCCUAAUACGCAACACGUUCUGUGUGGAGCGGACGCUGAUUUAAUUAUGUUGGGUCUCGCAACGCAUGAACCGAAUUUCACUAUAAUUCGUGAAGAAUUUAAACCGAACAAACCCAGACCGUGCGACAUAUGCGGUCAGUUAGGACACGAAAUGAAAGAGUGUACGGGUGCAGAGGCUCCUCCAAAAGAGGAAGAGAACGCCUUUGGAGCCGAAUGCCAGUUCAUAUUUGUGCGAUUAAAUGUACUCAGAGAAUACUUAGAGAGAGAAUUACAAAUGCCUAAUCUACCGUUUAAGUACGAUUUCGAGCGGGCUGUCGAUGAUUGGGUGUUCAUGUGUUUCUUCGUAGGAAAUGAUUUUCUGCCUCACCUACCAUCUUUGGAGAUUAGAGAAGGGGCAAUUGAUAGACUUGUUAAUUUGUACAAGAAAACAGUAUAUAAGACAGGAGGAUUCUUGACAGAUAGCGGAGACGUUAAUUUGGACAGAGUUCAGAUGAUUAUGUCUGAACUUGGCGACGUUGAAGAUGAAAUUUUCAAGAAAAGGCAACAGAAUGAAUUAGCUUUCAAGCAACGCGAAAAAGUCAAGAAAAAUAGGAUGAUGGCGAUCAGCAAUUACAAACCAAAAUGGCUUCCUACCGGACAGUUUGCCCCCACUGCCGUAGGCGAACGAGUUAAACCAGUAGAAAACGCGCGUUACGAAGCUUAUCAGAUGCGCGUUCAAGGUAGAAACUAUAGUACAUCAGCUGACCACGCAAAAGGAAAUUCCAAUGAAGCUCUAGAGAGUAUGAUUCGUCCCGAGAAUUCAUCUAAUAAAGGCCGAAAACGGACAAUCGAAGAAGUUGAAAAGGAUGAUUCAGAUGACGAUCAAGCACACGACGAAGUAAGGUUAUGGGAAGAUGGUUUCAAAGAUCGUUAUUACGAAUCGAAAUUUGACGUAUCGUCAGAUAACUUACAGUUCAGAAAUAACGUAGCUCUACAAUAUGUACGCGGUUUGUGUUGGGUCUUGCGAUAUUAUUACCAAGGUUGCGCGUCAUGGAAGUGGUAUUUUCCCUACCACUAUGCUCCAUUUGCUAGCGAUUUCAUAAACAUCGGCGGCUUAUCCACGGAAUUCGAAAAAGGAACCAUACCCUUUCGUCCAUUAGAACAAUUGAUGGGCGUGUUUCCGGCAGCUAGUAGCAAGCACGUCCCCGAGCCAUGGGCAAAAUUAAUGAGCGAUCCGAAAUCACCGAUCAUUGAUUUCUAUCCCGAAGACUUUAAGAUAGAUUUGAAUGGCAAGAAAUUUGCCUGGCAGGGAGUCGCCCUGCUCCCGUUUGUCGACGAAAAAAGACUGUUCAAGGCUUUAGAACCGUACUACGAAUUCCUGACAGAAGCAGAAAUAAAACGAAACGUUCGCGGUGACGACAGAUUAUACGUUGGACUCGGCAACGGUAAUUACAAUUUUAUAAAAGGACUUUACGUGAAUCGCGUAGCAUUCGACGCGGAGACUCCGAUAAGCUUCGACGGAAUGCGCGGAACGGUUUUACUGGCUGAGGAUUGCGUAGGGGACGGGGCCACUUUACCAUCGCCAAUAAAUGGGCCACCGGUCAGGAAUAACAAAGUCUAUUGCGUCAGAUUUAGGGAUCCAAAGUACGGCACUAACUUCAUCUUCCCUGCGAGGAGGUUGAAGGGCGCCAAAGAACCACCCAGAGUUCUAAAACCCCAAGACUUCGAGCAAAUGAACCGCAAUUCUGGCAACUCGUGGAAGCCGCAGAUUGGUUUCACUCCCGCUACUCAGUCUGCAUCUCUGAGCGACGCAGGACGCAGGAUACUUGGGCAUUAUACGAAUCACAACAGAGUGCCGCCCCCGUACGGGCCGAUGUCGACACCGCAGAACGUCUACUCGGCGCAUCACGGUUACCAGAGCUCCGACUACCAAAGCGGGGGUUACGAGAGCGCUGGAUCGAGCCAGGUCGGCUCCGUGCCUGGACCAUGGGCAAGGGGCUACGGCGCCACACCCCACGCCUAUCAGCAGCCACGUUAUCAGCACCCGGAAUACGCGCAGCGCAACAACUACAGCACUCAGCAGUACGGCCGGAACAAUUAUCAGAAUUCACAGUACAACAAUAGCUAUCAUCAGCAACGGAAUUAUUCGUCCAAUUACCAGGGAAACGGUAGCGGAAGCAGCGGCAACAGGGGAGGGUGGAGACGGUAGACGUUGGAACACCAUCGUGUUCGUCGUCGCGGUCGCAAGGUCAGGUUUAUGGGAAAGAUUCACGUUCGCGCGGUCGCCUAGGAUCGCGAAAGCAUCGUUAGGACCAGGAGUAAUCGUCUCGUGGCGAGCAAUAAAUGACCGCACUGUUCCGUAUCCGUUCACCUAACGGAGCCUUUUAAACGUGCAAUACGCAUCGAUUCCCCGAUGUUCUUCGGAUCACGAGCGUUACGUUUCGUACACAUCAUUUUCAACGAGAUUAUCGUGAACGUUCCUCGAUGAAACGUUAGCAACAUUUAGGCAAUCGAAACGCCGUGAAAUGGAGUCGAUUUGUACCCUUCUUGCAUCGAUCCUGAUAUCCUUCCCUUGUACGUCGUAAGGAGACCGAUCGAUCGUUACCAGGUUUCGCUGCGAAGCACGACAUUGCAAAGAAAUGAUUCCAUUCCACGGCGCGCAAAACGGAUGCACGACGCGGCCAGUGCAGGCAGUUAUUACUCACGAGUUAGCGGCGUAAGAGUGUAUCGAAUGAUGUAAUUUUAUAUGAACAUUUGUGUAGGCAAGGAUUAAAAAAAAAAAAAAAAAAAAAAAAGAAGAAGAAUGUACAAUAUUAAAUGGUUCCGCGGAGGGUUGCUCCGUCGCUGCAGACGAUUAGGUAGAAGCGGGAGCAACGUUCGUGCGAGCACAAUCUGGAAACGUGGAAUUUAAUCGUAUAUUUUAGCGACCACUGUCGGAACGGAGUCCAUUGGUCCUUCGAGAUCGUACAAAAGACAUCCGGGCAUAGCUAGGCAAAGUCUCUGUAUCCAGAUAAGAAGUAACAAUUAAAGAUACGAAAAAGAGAGCGAUCUCGAACGACGGACUCGUUUCGUUCCGACCGGAGUCGAUACAAUUCGGAAUUCACCGCGUGUAUCGUCGACUCUCGCAGCCGUUCAGCAUAAUCUUAAGUUUAGUUUUCAGGACGAGAAAAAUUCCGUUCGUCGACGAAGAUUUUAAUAACGCGAUUCGAUGUAUGUUAUCGUACGUUCGUUCGGCAUCGAAUCUGAAUCGUGUACUUGAUUGCAGGUUCGAGCAUCGAACGUACCUCGUGUCUGUUCUUUAUUCAUGUCGUCUGUGCACAACCGACCGAAAGGGAUACUUGUAUAAUUUCCCUGUAAACGACUCGCACGACAUCACAUGAACAUUUUUUUGUAUCGUAUGCACUUGAGACAAAUAUAAUUUAAUUGGUUCUA